UUUUUUUCAUAUUUUCUAAAGUAUGAGUGAACUUUCGGCUUGUCAAAACGAAACGUGAAAGCUGUCUUCAGUCGUCAACGUGAACAAGUGGUGUAUUUCAUCAUUAUUUUAGUUAUUUCGUAUAAUUAUUAACAGAAUUACUGAUAAAACACAAACAAGAUGCCUCUUUCGUGUCGAUUUUACCAAGAAAAGUAUCCAGAGGUGGAGGAUGUGGUGAUGGUAAAUGUGCGGUCUAUCGCGGAGAUGGGCGCGUACGUGCACCUUCUCGAGUACAACAACAUUGAGGGCAUGAUCUUGCUGUCUGAGUUGUCCAGAAGACGUAUUAGGUCCAUCAACAAAUUGAUCAGAGUCGGCAAGACUGAGCCUGUUGUCGUCAUCAGAGUCGACAAAGAAAAAGGUUACAUAGACUUGUCCAAACGUCGUGUAUCUGCAGAGGACAUAGAUAAGUGCACAGAGAGGUACGCCAAGGCUAAAGCCGUGAACUCCAUCCUGCGGCACGUGGCCGAGCUGCUGCACUAUGAGAGCUCGGAGCAGCUCGAGGAGUUGUACAAGAGAACCGCCUGGCUGUUCGAGGAGAAAUACAAGAAGAAGGCUUCUGCUUACGACUUCUUUAAACAGGCUGCAGUUGAUCCUUCAGUAUUGAACGAAUGUGGUCUCGACGAUAACACAAAAGAGGUACUCUUAGCGAACAUCAAGAGGAAACUCACCUCCCAAGCCGUGAAGAUCCGUGCGGACAUAGAGUGCGCUUGUUAUGGUUACGAAGGCAUUGAUGCGGUGCGGGCUGCGCUCAAAGCUGGCUUAGCGCUGUCCACUGUGGACUUGCCUAUCAAGAUCAAUCUUAUUGCUCCUCCUUUGUAUGUAAUGACCACAUCAACUCCUGAGAAAGCAGAUGGGCUCAAAGCGUUGCAGGAUGCCAUAGACAAAAUUAAAGAGACCAUAGACACAGCCGGUGGCGUGUUCAACGUGCAGAUGGCGCCGAAGGUGGUGACGGCGACGGACGAGGCGGAGCUGGCGCGGCAGAUGGAGCGCGCCGAGGCGGAGAACGCGGAGGUCGCCGGAGACUCCGCCGAGGAGGAUGAGGACCAGGGUAUGGGAGAUGUGCGCAUGGACGAUGAACCGCAGCAGAACGGAGCGUCCGAUGAAGACGAGGAUUAGACAACAAAUAUAUUACACCCAUGUCGCGUCGCUAUACAUACUACAUAACUUACGAUAGUACUGUCAUGUUACUACAUAAUAUACACACGUUUUAUACA